AUGGCGGGUAGCAAGCUCUCUAAGCCCCAGGAUGAAUCAACCAAAAAGAGAAAGAGAGACUUGAACGAGACCGGUACGCGAUCAAAGAGAUCAAGGCCGCAGCAAGGCGACAAGGACGAGCAGGCAGAAUCUCCAGCUGACGGAGACUACGAAUCUGAAGAUGAUAUUCAAAAUGGAGCGUUGUUGAAGUCAAAAGGUGACGGUGGCGAGGAUCUUGUCAGCCGUUCUUUUGAUGGGGAGACUGGUUGGAGAAUCUCCAAGCCGAUGGGUGGCAGAAUGCUCGACAUUGAUCCCAUCCUAACUCAAGAUGACCAAUACCUAAUCUUGACAUACAACACCUCCGUUCAAGUAUACACAGCCAGCGACUCUCUACUCUUGAGACGAAUUCCGAUAGGCGCCGCCGAUGCCUCUUCGUCAAAGGGCACUGCUCCUGCAAACAUUGUUGCGACCAAACUGUCCAUCCAGAACCCUGAAUAUCUCUGGGUUGCUUGCUCAGAUGGCCGCAUUUACUAUGUGAAUUGGACGGAGACCACGGAGACACACCAGAGCUUCCAGACGGUGACGGGUACAGCUCAAGCAAUCACGGUGACCUCGACCGAGGUUUCGGGCGCAAAGGCCGAUGUUGUCGUGGUGGCGGAAUCGGCCAAGUCAAAUCGGAUGGAGUUGACGGCAUAUGGCGGUGAUAUUCUCUCAUCUCCGCUGUCAAAGAAUAUCUUGAGCAUCAAGAAGCCAGGCAAUGGCCUACACUUGAUUGAGUCUAGCCAAGAUGGUCUUGUCUUGGUUGGUGCUCUGAAUGACUCUCUAUUCCUUGGUGUAGCUUCACACAAGCAGCCUGCCGGUUUUGAGCAGCUGCAAUACGACUUCUUUUCAUUCGACGUGCCCGAUAUUAUCACCACUCUCGAUUUCAGGGUCUAUCCAGCUUCUGCCCUUAGCGGGUCUAAAGGUCGACGCGACUCUGAUAACGUAGUUGACGUUAUUGUUGGUGGCGCACGAGGAGCAAUCUAUCUCUACCAUGAUGCCCUCUCACGAAGCCAGUCACUUGGAAAGUCCAACUCCUCUAAAGAGGGCAUUCAAGCCCAGAAGUUCCACUGGCAUCGAAAGGCAGUCCAUGCCGUCAAAUGGUCUCGAGACGGUAACUACAUGAUCUCAGGAGGCUCCGAGAAUGUCCUUGUGCUGUGGCAGAUGGAUACGGCCAAAAAGGAGUUCCUUCCACACUUGUCAGGCAGUGUAGAAAACAUUGUUGUUUCUGCUAGUGGAUCAUCUUAUGUUGUGCACCUUGACGAUAACUCAACGAUGGUCUUAUCCACUGCUGAACUGAAACCGACCGCAUACGUUUCUGGUAUUCAAUCCGCCGCCGUCGAAGCUUCAACACCCAAAGACUUGCUAGUACAGCGUGUUUGGUCAGUGGCAGAUAAAGUACGACGCCCCAUACCUGCUGCCAUCAAGGCAACUGAGCCCUCUAAGUUUCACGUCUGUGUCGGAAACGGCCGCCAGGCAACAAUGACGGGAGAUUUCUCAGCGCCCCUCUUGCAGUCCUUUGAUCUUGAAACCUUUACGAGCGUCUCCAAGCAGGCGUUGGCUCGGACGCAGCCUACAGAUGUCAACCUGACCAACAAGGGCUACGCCAUUGAGGAGCCAGUCGUCACUCACAUUGCCUUUUCUGCAGAUGGAAAGUGGCUGGCUAGCGUUGAUGACUGGAUUCCUUCAAGUAGAGAUGUCGGGACCGUUAGUGGCGACGUUGGCGACCAGUUCCUCAAAGAGAGACACGAAUCAUACCUCAAGUUUUGGCAAGUCAACAGCGAGGACAACUCAAUUGCUCUUGUAUCUAGAAUUAAUGCCCCGCACACAUCGAGCUAUCCCGAGACAGUCCUUGAUCUUGCAUCAAACAAUGCUUCAACUUGCUUUGCCACUAUUGCCGGAGACGGCAUCGUUCGUCUUUGGCGUCCAAAGGCUCGCCAGCAAGAAGGCUCACGGAAAACAGACACCAACGUGGAUUUCACCUGGGUUUGUUCCCGGAUAAUUCCCAUUGGUGAUGGACUUGGCCGAGAUGCCAUCGCAGACAUCCCCAAUGAUGCAUCUGUUCCCGCAAAGUCCCAAGCCCGCAUCGCAUUUUCGGAAGAUGGUUCUACUCUGUUUGCAGCAUAUGGUGCUGUUGAUGUGGGAGCCGUCUACGUUAUCAACGCCGCCUCUGGUGAAGUUGUCAAGAUUCUGGAGGGUCUCUGGAAGGGACAGCUGCACUCAUUGCGAGUCCUGUCUCAGUAUCUGAUUGUGCUUUCCGAGGAGCUGCAUGUCUAUGAUGUUGUGAGCGACGAUUUGCGGUACGGAAUUGUAGUGCCUAAGGUUUCCGGGGCCGACGAGCUGCUGCAACUUGCUGUCGACUCGGUAUCUGGCUAUUUCGCCGUCACCCUUCCUCUCGGAAAUUCUUCUAGCAUCGGAGUCUUCCACCCCAGCGAACCUGAGCCGCUCAUCGUUCGCAACACACCCCAUCGAAUCGUGAGCCUCAUUUCAGUACCCGGCACCAGUGGCUUUGUCGCGCUUGAUGAUGUCGCCCAGAUCUGGACCAUCACCGAGGGUUCCAAUGCCUCAACUAUCCUGGCUGCUCAGCCCCUUCAAGAUUUGCGACUCGAUAAUGCUUCUCAAGAGGCUGAACAUAACAAAUUAGCAAUCAUCCUCAACGCAGAUGCUGAGAGCGAUGAUGAGAUGGAGGAGGCCCAGAACGCGGACGAGGAUGUGGAGAUGGAGGACGAUGAUGUCCAGACCAACAUUAUACCCCAACAAUACCUAGCAGACAUUUUCGAUGCUGCCCCUGCCUUUGCCGGAGCUUCUAUCGAAGACAUGUUCUACAAGGUCACUGGCCUCCUUGCGACCAAACCACUGUCGGCUACUUCUGUGUAA